AUGGUUCAUAGAUGGCUCAAGACAAAGAGAGCUGGGGAGACCAGGCAAAGGGUCAUGGAGUCGUCGGAAAACCCAAUCCUAAAGAGGAAUUUGAGUUACUUUGUCAAGUUCAGAAACUCUCCAGGAGGCCCUUGGCCCUUGGUGAUGGUUGGUGUUGGAGUCAAAGCUCCAUCUUUCCAUCCUCGUCCUGGCUCGAUCCGUCCGCUACGGGUUGUUGGAGACUCGAUGCAUUCCAGGGAGCGGGCACUGGGACCGAAUAUCGACAAGAUCCCUACGCGACUGCCAGGCACUGCAAUUGAUGCUACAACACCACCUAGUGUCAAGUUAGAUGGACGGAAAAUGGCUGGCUGGGGGGUCCGCUGA